CAAAUGCUCAUGCCCACCCCAUAAUGUUGCAAUAGGACGGGCCAGACUACCUCAAUUAGAAAUAUUGUCUUUCCCCGAGCCCUAAAUGAGCUCUUCUCCCCCCUUACUCCAGCUAGCAAUGACGAAUAUUACGGGGAUUAAUAUAGCGAUGCGGAGAAAUCACCGGGGUCAAUUAACACGAAAUCCCUUCUUGGCGGACGCUUUAUAAACCCCGACUGGUUGGAAUGGUACACACCGAUCUGAGGAUCUCGGUGUCGCGUACGCGUUCUGGAUCUGUUGGUGUUCACCGCGUACAGAAAGGAUUCUCGGUCUAAAGAUGUGGCUCUCAGGUAGCGUACUGCUGCUCAGUGCAGCUGUAGCGCAGGCGAAAUAUAUCGUGCCUGGAGCGAGAUGGAGGGAUACCGACGGCAAUCUGGUUAAUGCUCAUGCCGGCAACGUUAUCCAAGAUAAUGGCACGUUUUGGUGGUUUGGAGAGUAUAAGGUCGAGGGCCAGGAGGAAGGCGGCGGCGUUUCAGUGUACAGUUCCACUGACUUGGCUACAUGGGCGUCCCACGGUCUUGCUCUAGAACCUGUCGAGGGGAGCCCCUACAUCUCACCUAGCAACAUCAUUCAACGGCCUAAAGUUGUGUACAGCGAGUCGACGGGAAAAUAUCACAUGUGGUGGCAUGCCGAUAAUUCUAGCUACGGGCUUCUCCUUCAAGGGUUCGCGACUGCGGAUACACCCGCCGGACCCUACAGCUUUGUUAAUGCGACGGCUCCUCUCGGCAAUUGGUCACAAGACUUCGGAAUGUUUACCGAUUACAAGGACGGUCGAACAUACGCUUUGUAUUCGAAUGGUGACCGAGCGGAAGGAAGAGAUGUGUAUCUGACCUCGUAUAACAAAGAGGUUACAGCGCUUGAUGAAGUCGUACACCGUUUCGAUAAGUUCGAUCUCGAAGCUCCGACAAUCAUUCAAACCGAGCGCAGUUACUACGCUCUGAUGAGCCAUAAGACUGGAUACAGGCCUAACAAUGUGGUUGCUUUCCGAGCAGAUAGCUUAAGCGGCCCGUGGUCUCAACCCUGGAUCGUCGCUCCACUCAACACGCGCACUUACAACUCUCAGUCCGGCUUCACGCUAAGGAUAAAAGGCAGCAAGAAGACUACCUAUCUGUAUUUGGGCGACCAAUGGGACUCUAAUUCGCUAUGGGAAAGUCGAUACAUCUGGCUGCCGAUGAACAUUCAUGACAAUAGGAGAACCCUCGAGGUGGAAUGGCAUGAUGUUUAUGACUUGAAUGUCAAAACUGGCGAUUUCAAGCCUGUUAAGGGGCGGGAGUAUACCAGCAAAGAUGCAACCACGAAUGGCAAUGCAUUUAAGCAAGAAGCAAAUUUUGCUAGCGACGGCGUCAUCUUAACUGGAAUCGAAGGAAAUGACAGCACAGUCACUUUCCACGGUAUUGAAGGCACAGGAAAGCCCCAAUGGGUUUCAUUCUAUUAUCAAAAUACCGAUGAUAUGGGUUUCGGGGACCAGCCCGGCGGAUCGCCAGACAGAAUUGGCGGAUCAUGGCAGCUCCGUCGCAUCAGUAGUGUCGUCGUCAACGGCAAUACGGAAAAGGUCGAGACAUUAUACCAGAGGGAUACACAUAAGGGAAUAAUUCUGUCGACUCCUCUCCAAUUAACUCUGAAUAAGGGGUCGAAGAACACUAUCACGGUAGGGGGACUGUCCAAUGGAUUUCACUAUAAAGGCGCGGACCUCGAUAAAAUCGUGGUAUACCCCUCGGAGAAAUGAAAUUUAUAGCAUAUUUUAUUAAUUGAUACCCCAUCUCAGUGGGAAUAAUACGGUGAUUGAUAUGCUUGGCACAUUUUGUGGUGGUGAUGAUGCGUGGCGGAAAACAAGCCCCUUUUCGGCACUGCAAUUCGAGUGCUACUUAUUCUCAUUACACUUCACA